AUGGAAAAAUCACAAAAUAUAUCAGAUAUUGAACAAACAAAAUUAUUUUCUAUUAUUCAACAACGUUCACUUGAACGUGAAAUUGAUCUUAAUAAAAAUAUUGAACUUGAAUUUAAAUUAUUAUGUUUACGUAAACGUUAUAAUGAAUUAAUUGAACAUACAAAUACACUUAAAUAUGAAUUAAAUAAUGCACAAAAACAAUUACAUGAAAAAGAAAAAAUUGAGCCAAAUUUAAAUGUUGAUUUGGAAAAAGAACGACGACGUGCAGAUGAAUUUGAAAAUGAUUAUAAAUCUUUAAAAAUAAAAUUUGAUGAUGUAUGUGAACGUAUUCGUAUAGCUACACAUCAAUUAGAACAUGUACAAAUUGUACUUGAAGAAACAUCACGUCAUUGUGAACAAUUAGAAAAAGAAAAGUCCGAAAUUAAUACUCAAUCUGAAUAUCUUUCACAAAAUGUUCUUAAUGUAACAUCAAAAUAUAAAGAUAAAUUAAAUAUAAUAAAAGUUCGUUUAGAACAAGCAGAACAUAAAAGACAUGAAGUACAACUUCGUAAUGAAAAAUUUCAAAAUGAUAGACAACCGUUUGAUGUAAAAAAUGAUGGAAUUCGAGAAAGUGUUAUAGUAAUAAAAAUAUUUGAUGUUAAAAUUAUUCCAUCAGAUCAUUCAUUAUCGGAUGAAUAUGAAAAUCGAUAUUUAUAUGAAUUACAACAAGAACGAAAUGAAUUAAUGAGAAAGAUGCAAAAUGAAAAUGAACAAAUGCAACAAAAAUUAUCUGCCCAGGUGAUUCGAUCCGACUAAUCAAUGCGUCGUUCAACAAUUGAUUCAUUAGUACAAGAAAAUCCAACUAAUUAUACAUAUUCCAAUUCUCAAAUACAAACAAAUGUUUUAAGAUGUGCACAUUGUUUUGCACCUAAAUCAAAUGAUUUAUAUACACGAUUUUGUACGGAAUGUGGUCUAUCUUGGCAAAAACUAACUCAUAAUCCACCGGAUAAUUAUUCAGUAAUUCAAAAUAAUUCUAUUGGAUAUGAUGACUACCCUUCAUUUGAAAAAAAGAAACUACCUAAUCCCAUUCUGUUGAACAACUCAUAG